CGGUUCCGCCGGGUCCCAAAGUCCGGACUGAGUCUAAUGGCGGCGUCCACGAAACUGCCGGGAGCGGGCGUUAAGGAGGCCGCGGCGGAAGAAGAACCGCGAAUUCUGGAACCCGGCGCCGCCCCGUACGGAAAUUUCCCUCAUUAUUCCCGCUUCCACCCUCCGGAGCAACGGCUCCGCCUCCUGCCCCCGGAGCUGCUUCGAUGGCUCUUCCCUCCUCAGAGUCCCGAGACGAGGCCGAUCCUGGGGCUCGACGUGGGGUGUAACUCCGGGGAUCUGAGUGUGGCUCUAUACAAACACUUCCUUUCCCUGCGUGAUGGGGAGACCUGCUCAGAAGCCUCAAGAGAACUCCGUCUCCUCUGCUGUGACAUAGAUCCAGUUCUGGUGGAGAGAGCUGAAAAAGAAUGUCCUUUUCCUGAUGCCCUGACCUUCAUCACCCUGGACUUCAUGAGUCAAGGGACCCGGAAGGUUCUCUUGAGCUCUUUCUUAAGGCAGUUUGGGCGUUCAGAUUUUGACAUUGGCUUCUGCAUGUCGAUAACCAUGUGGAUUCAUCUGAACCAUGGGGACCAUGGCCUGUGGGAGUUCCUGGCCCAGCUCUCUUCCCUCUGCCGCUACCUCCUUGUGGAGCCCCAGCCCUGGAAGUGUUACCGGUCAGCCGCAAGGCGUCUCCGAAAGCUGGGACUCCAUGAUUUUGACCACUUCCACUCCCUCACUAUCCGAGGUGAUAUGGCCAGUCAGAUUGUGCAAAUCUUGACCCGGGACCAUGGCAUGGAAUUGGUAUGUUGCUUUGGCAACACCAGUUGGGACCGAAGCCUUCUGCUCUUCAGAGCAAAACAAGCCAUCGAGACUCAUCCAGUUCCCUGAGUCACUGACAGAAGAAGAGAAAGAAAGGAACAGAUUAAGAUUCUGGAGGCAGUGAGAUGGGAGGGCAGGAGGACCAGAGAGAGAUUGAAAGGGUUAUAUCAAGAAUUAUCUUCAUUCUCCCUAACUCCUCAAUAAUCAGGCAGCCUUAAAACCUGGUAGAAGCUUUUUU